AUGAAGAACAUCCUUACCCCAACAUUAAUUUUUACCUUCCUAUGCUUGGGUAUUCUCGAGGUUGUUUUUUCAGCCGAAGAAGACCGUGGCAAGGUCGCUCCCUUUGAUACGGACAUCCGCAAGGAUUGCCAACAAAUGGCGAGUCAUUGUCAGUCGCCAUUCUUUGGUCACAUUUUCCUUCAGUGCCCCAAGACUUGUGCGGCCAUGUUGGAAGUUCCAGGUAUGGUCGGCAAGUCGCCCAAGGGGGAUGACGAGCUGUGGUGGGAAUCUACCGAAACUGUCCGAACGAUUCAGGGCAAACGCGUGGCGACGGAUCGGUGGGAUGGGUGUGUGACGGUGGUAGCCACGGUUCCCAUGUUACCAGGAAUGGCUCCGUAUUAUUACGAAAUGAUGGAAACCUUGCACAAACAGUACAAACCACACGUGGAAUUUAUCUUGAUUCCGAUUGAUUUGGGAGAGACCAUUCACAUCAAACUGCGCAAGAAACCCGGUGUGGUGGUGUUGGAAGAAGAAUCGCCCAUGGCAGUGCUGACGAAUCCCUUUGUCCAGUAUCUCACCUCCAUCAAGCCUGAUGCUGGGGCAGUUGUUACAAAUCAUUUGGACGAAUUGGAGCAAUUGGAUCUUCAUACGGACCGAGCCUCCUUUUUUGUCAUUAGUUCCGAUGGAUACUUUAUUGAGAGUCUGAUAUCCCCGCCCAUGAAGAAGUUACAACGACGAAUCAAUCUCUUUUUGAAGACUGUGGACUAUGCUGGUGUGGAGGAGCUGUAA